UUGGGCCUUCGUUGGGUUUUCCUUGAAUAUCGUGGAAAUCCGUCUCCAGUUAAACCGCUCAAGAGUUGUAAAUUUACUUCUCCAUGUAAUCUGUAGCGCGCAGUUAGGCAGUGGAGGGAAAAUUCGUGAGCUGUUCAAACGAUUUCUUCCGUAAUUCUACGCUGCCAGCAGACUGCUCUAAAAAUGAGCGAAAAGAAGAAAGAAUCCUCAUCUACCGACACACAACCGGCCACUUCUGGUGCUGCUGAAUCGACCGAACCCGCCCUAGUUCUCAAUACCGAUCCGAAAGUCGUUACCAAGGCAACCGAGCUGCUGCAACCGAUCGGGACGGAUGUGGUCGAGAAGAACCUGACCACCGUGCUGACGGCGGUAAAACAGGUGGACCAAACGUGCGACUUUAAGGGCUGCAAACAGAAGACCAACCUCGUCGGCAGCGACUGCGGGUACUGCAAGGAGCGAUUCUGCUUCAAACACAGCCUCCCGGAAAUACACGGUUGCGGAGAGGCGGCCAAACGCAAGGAACGCGAACAGUUCCUGCAUCCGAUGACCGGCAAAGCCCGCAACGAACAGCACGAAAAGCAGAAAGCACAAACACGCCUUACCCUGAAGCUGAAGCAGAUGUCUCUCGAGCGGAAACAGAAACCAACCGGUGGCGGCUCCACCGGAACCGGUACCGGAACGAGUCGAGGAGGAAGAAAACGAACGAACCCGUAAGCUAGCGAACUCCGAUGUGAUCGUUUA